AUGACUGACGUGGAAUCUCCUCCACCACUUCCACCUCCGCCUGCGGGUUUCCCGCCUCCCCGACCUCCAGUCAUAUCUCGCCGGCCGAGAGAAAUUGUACAAAGUGACACAGACGACUUUCACCGACCACAAACAUUACCAGACGAAGUCUUCCCUCCAACUUUCCACCGUUCAUGGUGCUACAGGAACAGUCAAAUAACCUUGGCUUCCGAGGAGAGCGACGCCCAUUCCUUCAGGUCCAUCCCCGGAUGGAUGAAAUUCCACUACCCGCAUAAAAUGCCAAACAAUACUAGAGCGCCUCUAGAUUCUCGGCCAGCGAUUCAAGCUCCUCAAGCUAUUUCGCCUAGUUCAUGGUUGAAGGCCAGGAUUCUCCGUCGCUCCCAGUCGAUGACUGCUUCGGAGGAGAAAGGGGGAAGACACAGUGGAAGUGACAAUGGCGAUGAGUCAGCGAGCACUGAACCGCCUGUACCCGGGCCAGGUGGGUGGAAGCAGACACAGGUGGGGCAUAGGAUGAGCUGUGAGAGUGCUGAUAGCUUGGCGCUGGAGAAGCAGGAGCCCUGGCACAUUUGA